GAAUAACUGAAACUGACUUGCUAAAAACCACAAGGUCAUGAGGUUCCCCUUUCCUUCUCUAUUUCACAAUCUAACGCACGAGCUCAUUAACCAGGAUGCCUUUGAGGAGGUAACAUCACUUUCGUGCACAUGUUCAUGCACACGUCCUGUUCGGAAAGAUGAAAAACCUACUCCGAUUUUUGGCUUUCUGUGCGCUCAGUCAACUGCCUCAAGCAGACGUCGGAGAUUUCUCGCCAUGUUUAAACGUUUUCUACCAGUUGUGGCCGCCAAAAGGUCUGAACGGAACGCCUAUUUGCCAGAAUUAUGACAACAACUACCGCUUCGCCUCUCUGUACAGCCGGGAGCGGCGCGCGCCAUGGUUUUCGGCGUACACCUUCUCCACUCCAUCGGGUAAAAGACCAAGAUGCUUGUGGAAGUAUGAACCCCAGCUGGCCAACUCCAAAGCCAGUGGUGAGAUGGUUGAUUUCCCCAUGCCCCCCAAGAAGGUGGACCAGAACGUGAUCGAUAGCCAGGCCGUGCCGGAGGACUACACCAACUCCAGUUACACGCGCGGCCACCUCAACCCCAACAUGCACCACAGCGCGAAGUACGACCGCCUAGCCACCUUCACACUCACCAACGUGGUUCCCCAGAAGCAAGGCUCCAACGAUGGACCCUGGGCUGCACUGGAGAUGCUCAUCAACAAGACACUGGACCAGUACUGCGUCGGCAAAGCGUACGUCGUCACGGGCAUCAUGCCUUACCGCGUCGGCGCGGAGCGCUGGCUGAAGGACGAGCAUCGCGUGGCCAUUCCCGAGUACAUGUGGUCGGCAUACUGCUGUCCCAAGUACAGCCAGAACCUUCCGGAGAGCCUGAGAAAGACCUUCCCGACCUUCGCCGCCAUCGGACGCAACGACCCCAACAGCACGGAGGAGAUCGUGCCCGUGGAUUGGACGAAGAAGAGGAACGUGGGGUAUGAUGUCAGGCGCAUGCCCUUGACGGACCUGGAGGCUUACCUCCGAGAGAGAUACGGGAGCAACGUUACCGUUUUUAACCAGCAGUGCUCAGAGUAGAAUAGAGCAGAGUAGAAGAGUAACUGUUAUUGAUUCCGAAGGUAAUUAUGGUGUCCAGCAGCAUACUACAAAAAUAGACAAAUACGCAAAAGAAAAUAUACAUUUCACAACAUAUGAAGACAUAUAGCACACAGUUGCCUACUGGUACAUUCAGUGUCUAGGUAAAUCACACACACACACGC